CACGCUGAAGCCAUGCCCACAGUCUGGCAAUGGAGCUGGCUGGGACGCAGCCUCAGUCUGCGGACUAGCCAGAGGGAGGGGUGAUUCUGGCCAGCGGCGGUCGGAGAGAAUGAAACUUGAGUUGAAGUGGCGUGGUUCUUGGGUUCCAAAAUCCAGCACAGGUUUGUUUGACUGAGAGCGUGUUCGUUUGGGCUACGUCUGAAUGAGGCCUAAGCAAGCCAGCCUGUGGAUUUCACCUCAGCUGGUCAAUUCCAGCCAAAGGAAGAGUGCAAAACAUUGCAGGUGCAUAGGAGGCCUGCAAAUCCACAGGAAUGGGCCACAAUAAUGCAAGAAUGCUACCUCUGGAAAACAAUUACUAAAGGGAGGAGACUCCAGUUCAAGGGGCUAAUUACUAAUGGCCACAAAACAGCAGGAACCAGAUGAGAGCCAGAAGUGAAGUGUGCCCAGCAAAGAGGAGGAGACAGAACUAGGCCCAGCUGCAUCAGAGGAGGCUGAGGAGGCCAGAAGGUGGGUGGAGACCUCCUGGUUCCUACUUAAACCCUGCAGGGCCAGCUCUUCAGUUGCUGCUGCGACAGCUCCCUUAGCUGAGUUUCCUGCUCAAGCUCUUCCUGGAGACCCAGAGCCUUGCAGAGCUCAGCCCAGCUUCCCUGGUUAGCCUUGAGCUAGCCUGCCUCAGCCCAGCUGCUGCCCAAGCCCCAUUCCAACCUGCUUUUCAUGAGGCUCCUUCAUCAAGUGUUCAGAACUUGGCAGGGAAGCUAUCCAGGGGAUAAACUGACUACAAAAACGACUCCACCCAUCUCCAGAGGCAGAACCAACGGGGCAAACUACUUCUGCUUUGUCAUCUGGAAAAAUCUCCUCUGAACAAAAACAAUAAUCCAGUGAAAAUACUGGGAUUCCAACUUUGCCAAAUGAAGGGAUCAAGUUCCAGGCAAGACCUUCAUGGAGUCUCGUAUCUCUACCAAAUGCUUCUGGCGAGGAGGAACCUGAUUCAUGGAUGAAAAGGCCAUCUUUAGAAGAGAAGACGGGCACAGCUGCAACACCUUCAACUUCUGGGAUAUCUGUGACCCCAAGUACACUGGGAAUUCUUCAAACACCUGAAGUUCCUGAAAUCCUGGAAGCCCCUUUUGCUAGACUGCCACCUGGAAGGUUGAUAUCUCUGGGGCAACAAAAGACUUCAACUGACACAUCUGACAUUCCAAGCAGUUAUGAAGAAGAAGAAGCACAACCAAAGCAACUCCCAUCUAAAAUGUCAGCACCUAAUGCUGUCAGCAAACAUCAUUUAAAAAAACCAACAACAUCUGGGAAACCAAAUAAACAACGAGAGUUGCCUGCAACUCUACCCGUAUCAGAACCUAAGCAACAGGUUUUGAAUUUUGCCAAAGCUGUACCAGGUUCUGCACCAGCUAUCAAAGAUAGUCCAACCAGAGAUUUCUUGACUGCAGCAGCAUCCAGAGGAGGAACGGCUUCCAUGUCUUACAAGGACCUGAAUUGCAUCACAGAUGAUGAUUACUGGCAAGCGUUCAUAAACACUGUCCCAGAUGACCACAGCCCAAGACAACCUUUUGUGAUUCGUUUCCGCUAUGUGGGUGAUGACAGCCUCAAGGGUACGAGAGACUACUUAUUGAAACACUUCAUAACAGAAAAGAUGGAAUUCCCAUUGGAUACCAUUACCGACAUUAUACAAGAGCCAGGUUCCAAAGAGAUAGACGUCUGCUUGGAAUCGCAACCUAUUUAUGAAAGAUUCUGGGCGGCUUGUAAGCGGGUGGAUUGUUUCCAUCCAGACCUAUUGCAUGGAUUUGAGAUUGUACCCCUCUUCAGAGGAGACAUGAAAGUAAUGACUGUCGCCUUGAGAACGACAGCGAUUCCUGCGGAAGACAUCGCCAUCUGGAUCAAGCGCCACGCUGAUCUCUUGAUGGGACCACACAAGAUAAAGGACAGUUAUGGUUGCUGGACGGGUGAGUACCGUUCCGUCAUCUCACUCCGUAACGACCCAGAGACUGGAUGUGUGAGACAUCUGCCAAAGUAUUUUUUCAUAGGAGCUGAUCGAGUAAUCACCACAUACUCUGGUCAACCCCCCGCCUGUUAUCAAUGUGGGGGGUAUGAUCACUUCCGUAAGCUUUGCAUCUCCGCCUUAUGCGUGAAAUGUGGCGAGAUGGGCCAUAACACACCUUCGUGUAGGAAAAAUAUUGAAUGCAACUUCUGUUUAAGAUCAGGGCACACCUACACAUGGUGCCCUGAGGCCUACUACAACCGGACCAAUGUAGCCGCAUGUCUGAAAUCAUGCAGAGAGUCAAGCUGGGGAAACAGAACUGAAAAAAGGGCUAAAGUGUGCAUCAAAAAGACAAAUCACAUUGUACCUGGUGAUUCCAAGGAAGUGAAUGGUGUUUGACUUUUAGAGACGGAACCCACAUAGAAAAUGACAAAAACAGGGCAGAGGGAUGUCAACUGUGCCAAAGAGAAAAUAAUAUAAAACAGUAAAGCCGAAACACAAGCCCCAACACAUGCUAACAAGUUCACCUUUUUGGAUUAUCAAAUUGAUGGAGGGAAGCAGUACAAUCAGAGGAGGGUAAUGGCUUGUUGGAGCCAAAGGAACAAAGAGUGUGAAAGAAGAUGGUAAAUUGAGAGACCAUGAGGGUGAAGAGAUUAGGCGUAGGACAUGACAAAAUCCAGCGGAUAAUGAGAGGAACUCUGAGGUGGAAGAUACUGAAUUGGAUAUUCAGGAAGCAGUCCAAAGGUUGAUUUGGGCAGAACACCUAGUGGGUGAACUUGAGCUUGAUCUCCAGGUCUUCCAUGAUACUCUUAAAGCCUGUCAGGUGUCUCUGGAAGAAGAAUUUUUUUUAAACUUUGUUUAAAUCCAGAGCAGGCUGAUCUUUGACUGGAAGCUCAGUAUUAAGCAGAAUGGAUAAUUAGACAGAUAACACUGUUAAAAUAUCUGCCAUACUGUGGAAAUGUAUAAGUAACAACAUUUGAAUUUGGAGUAUAAUCCCUAAGUGCUGAUUAAGAGGGAUUCAGAAGAGCACUUCAGCUCUUCAGGCUGAACAUCUAGGCCAGGGGUUCCCAACCUGUGGCCCUCCAGAUGUUGCUGAACUAUGACUCCCAUCAUCAAUUGUGGCUAGGGGUGAUGGGAGUUGAACAGCAACAUCUGGAGGGCCUCAGGUUGGGAACCCCUGGCCUAGAUAAACUAGAAGCAGAAACAUCUGGGAAGGAGGGUGUGCAAAACCUGUCUGGUUAUUUAAGACAAGAGGUCCUGAUUCUGAACUUACCACAAUGAUUCUUAAUGUGGGGCCCACCAGAUGUUGAUGAACUACAACUCCCAGCAUCCCCCACCACAGUUGAUUGGCUGUUGUGGUUCAGCAACUUCUAGUGGAGCCCACGUUAAGAACCACUGGCUUACCGAUUUGGCGACGGUGCAAGCUUGGCAUCGUAUGUGUAAGGCAGACAUCUCUGCCAGUUGGCACGAAGGAGCGGAAGAAGCCGAAAGGGACACAGAACUAGGAGGCGGUCUGGAUCCUCCGAAGCCUCUCUCUGUUAUCCCACUCACAGUCUCAUCCCUAACACUUCCCUCCGCCGCCCCCGCCCCCCACUAAUUUCCCCUUUCCCCCUUUACUUUUUUCUUUACCUUUUUGUUCCUACCCAUCUCUGUCCCCAACUUUGGUACGAUUACACCUCAGAGGGAAAUGCCUUCUGAGGGGGUAGGAGUUCUUUCACUGGCUCCUAAACAGUCAGUCAAAGGAGCCAGAUGUACGUUGGAGUUAGUUUUGGGAAAUGUAUCAGUUACUGGGGUUAAUCAGUUGACCAAUGUCCUGAAAAAAAUAGCUUUUAGUGAGAAUCUCAUCUCAAAGUUGUGUUCAAAGUUGUGUUUGUGUCAAUCUGUAUUGCACUGCACUGUAUUAUAUUAACCUGUUAUAUUGUGAUGCUUUAUUUAUCAGAGCAUCUUUAAAAUCCAUUUAUGGUGUGUGGGUGGAGGAGUUCAUCUGGAGAGUCUAUCCCUUCUCUGGAAUUUCUGGUUUCUAACUUCCUUAUUUGAUUAUGUUACUGCUGAAUUGGGAAUAUUUUGAUAGAUCCAUUUAUUAUACUAUUAAUUAAUUAUGGCUCCAGCUUACCUAGGUAGGAGACCACUAUAUUAUUAUUAUUUAUUAUUAUUAUUUUACAUUUUAUAUCCCAUUCUUCCUCCAAGGAGCCCAGAGCGGUGUACUACAAACUUAGGUUUUCUCCUCACGACAACCCUGUGAAGUAGGUUAGGCUGAGAGAGAAGUGACUGGCCCAGAGUCACCCAGCAAGUAUCAUGGCUGAAUGGGGAUUUGAACUCGGGUCUCCCCGGUCCUAGUCCAACACUCUAACCACUACACCACGCUGGCUCAUCCCUAUACUCCCAUCUUCUCAAACACACCAUGCAGGCAUGAAGCUAUUGGCAUAUGCUGACAAAGUAAAUGUUUUAGUAUCAAAAGUAGGGUAACUACGGACUAUUUUACACUUGUUUGACAAGUUUGGGGCUAUCUCUGGAUCAAAACUGAAUAUUGACAAAAGUGUAGUGGUCAAAUUGGAUGUUCUAAGAGGGAAAUUAACGUAGACUCCUUUGCAACUCAAGACCCGAAGCUUUAGGGGAAGUUGCUCAAGGCACUGGCACGUGAAAGAGUCAACAUAUUGGGUGGUGGGCUUUUUUGGUUUUUGUUUUAAGCAAUCUUGAUGGGGCUUAUAAUUGAAAUCUUUGGUUUACAAAGGUAGAGGAGAGAAUCCAUAUCUGGCACAAGUGGUCACUGUGCCUUUGUAGGAAAGUGUUUUUGCUAAAACAUAUCUUUUACCUAUUGGAGAAAGCUAUUAAGCAGUUAGAACAACUUUUUAUACUUGCGGCGGGUAUGAAUGUUUUCCCCCUUCUUUGGGUGAUUGCCUAUCAAAAAACCUGAACACAGUGGAUUGGCUUUACCUUGCUGGACUAGGACCGGGGAGACCCAAGUUCAAAUCCCCAUUCAGCCAUGAUACUAGCUGGGUGACUCUGGGCCAGUCGCUUCUCUCUCAGCCUAACCUACUUCACAGGGUUGUUGUGAGGAGAAACACAAGUAUGUAGUAAACCGCUCUGGGCUCCUUGGAGGAAGAGCGGGAUAUAAAUAUAAGAUGAUGAUGAUAAUAAUAAUAAUAAUAAUAAUAAUACUCUUGUAGCAGUGUUGAUGGCCUUUAAUUUUGGCCGAUGGAUCCCCAGCGUGGGACAUGAGAGUCCUUUUUACCUUUUGGAUCUGGGCUUUCGUGGCCCCGUGUGGGGAGACCCAAUGGGGCCGUGAAAGCUGCCAGCCCCUCAUACCUGAUUGACAUCUAUCCUCAUAUAAACAAUUAGAACAACUAAUUGACUGGCACAUCAAACCCUAUUUUUUUCAAAUGGAUUUGGCUUUCUGUGUUUUGAGAAGUUCUAUAUCUGUAUAUUUUACAAAAUUCAUUUUUAUUUUUAUUUUUGCCCAUGAAGAAGUUAAAUGGAGUAGGAGAUUUAAUUUAUCCAGGUGAGGAUAGCAGGAUCCUUUUGAUAUGGGAUACCUUUUGUAUUUGACCUGUGGUGGUGCUUAACCCACCAGGUUUCCCCCUUUCUCAGGGCCAAACUGUGGCUGCCUAGAACUAAGCAAGGGUUAGUCAUGUUACAGUCUAGAGAGACUUUUGUACACUUUGCCAUGAUCCAUUUGGUUUGGAAGAAAUGGAGUCAAGCACGGCACUGGCCUGCUUUGGCAACAUAGGCAGCAGGAGGAAUAGUUUGAGGAUGUCUUGGCUCUCACGAACUCCAGGCUCCUGCUAACCUGAGCAGUUGGAAUAGGAAAAGAUCCUGUGAAAGGACAGCAACACAAGCCCCAGGACUUUGGAUCGUGCCUCUCUCUCUAUGAUCCAUUGGGUUGAUUUAUAUGUGCUUCUUGGUUUGAGUUUAGUUCAUAGCAGAGAGUGAAGAAUGAAGCACUAGCAUACUUAUUGUGUUACUGUAAACUUGGUUGUAAAAAACAUACAGACACUGGCUCACCUUGAUAAGAGAAGGCUCCCUUCUUCCCACUGGAAAACGUUCUGGCCGUGGAUGGCGGAAUCCAUGGCCCACAUCUCACCGGAGACUGCAAGAGACUCCUGCUGUUUCAUCACACUCAAACUUUCACUUUCCUGUGGCUUUCAACAUUCUCAGUUUGGUUCCUUCUCUUGGACAUAUUGCUGUGAAGAGAGGAAAGUAUCUGUAUUAGUUUAGAGUCCUCUUUUGCGGUUGGGUUUUCUGUAAAGUUCACCUGUGGACUAUAUGCAUUCACUCAAUAAAGAGUUCAUGAAUCCA